GCAGACAUCCAUACAUCCCAUAACGAACAGCAAUCAUGGUCAAGUCAAUCGUAUUCUCCGACUUUGAUGGAACCAUUACUUGGGACGACUCCAAUGACUUCAUGACCGACAACUACGGUUUCGGAGUCGAGAAGAGAAAGGAAAUGAACGAGAGGGUCUUGAGGGAUGAAAUUACUUUCAGGGAUUCCUUCAAGAUGAUGCUCGACUCUGUCAAGCUCCCCUUCGAGGAGGCCAAGAAGAUCCUUACCGAGAACAUCACCCUUGACCCGGGUUUCCGCCCCUUCUACGAGUGGUGUCUCGCCAACGAUGUCGAGGUCAUCAUCCUCUCCUCCGGCAUGGAACCCCUCAUCCGCGCCCUCCUCACCAGGCUCCUCGGCGAAGAGCUCGGCUCCAAGAUCGAAAUCGUCUCCAACUCCGUCGACAUCCGUCCCGACGGCACCUGGGAAAUCAUCUACCACGACGACUCCGGCUUCGGACACGACAAAUCCCUCGAGAUCGAGAAGUGGAACGCACGUGUCCCUGAGGAGGAGAGGAUGUUCUUCUACUGCGGUGACGGUGUGAGUGAUUUGAGUGCGGCGGAGAAGACUGGUUUGUUGUUCGCGAAGGAGGGUAGGGAUUUGAUUGGGUACUGUGACAGGCAGAAGAUCCCUUAUACUGUCUUCAAGACCUUUGAGGAUAUUCACAAGAAGGUUGAGGCGAUUGUUACUGGUAAGGAGACCAUGAAGUCUGUGUCUAGAGUGUAAGAUGGUAGUGGAUGGACGUGAUACGCUACAGUAGUAGGAGGGACAGAGGCAUCAAAAUUACAUACGC